GCAUAGUGAAAAUAGGACCAUCAAACAAAUGCGAAUUUAAAAACAUAUAAUGGAUUUUGCAAAAAACGGAUGAAAAAACGAAUGAAAAUAAGAAAAAACUAAACUUAAGUUAAUGUACCAACAUCACCCGCAGCAGUGAGAAUACAAUAAGACGGCCAGAAAAAGAAAAACUUCCAGCCGAUAGAAGAUCGAAUCUUCUGGUCAUCAUUUUCUGUGCGGUGGAAGUGUGGAAUCGAGCAAAACCCAAAAGGCCUAACCAUGAGUGGAAACAUGUGUGAUAUGUGUUCAGAUUUCCAGCAGCUUUUGGAGUCGUAUGAAGCACGAAUAACCAGCAAUGAUGCAAAGCAUUCAAUCAUAUAUAAAAGUGAAAUCGAAACUGCUUUUGGUUACAUCCAAGCAUGGCCCCAAAGACAGUGCAUGUGUCUAUAUCGAGAUGCAAAAAAUUUUGAACGAUUCAAUUUACUCAUACAGUCUAUGAUAUGCCUGGCGGUACAUCACCUGAAACACAUUAAACGUCUAAUAGAGGACUACAAAAAGAUAACAGCUCAUGCGGCGGAGGCGCAGGCAGCUGCACAAGCUUCGACGCAAGCAACACAGUCAUCCUCCAACACACAUGGGGAGGAUAAAAGUGAAGACGCUAACAAAAAUGAGAAGAAUAUAGACGAAAAGGAUAAGAAUAUCAAUAACCAAACUACAAAGAAAGAUAAUGCAGAAGACAGCAAGUCUAAGGAAAAGCCCGGUAGUUCUUCAGGUGAAGACGAAAAGCCGCCACCACCUCCUGCAAUAGCAUUGCCAUUAACAUCGCCACAAAGCGUACAAGCUACUGGAGCAUCGUCGUUGCCACCAGCCGUAGGAGCCGCAGCGACGUCAUCGCCACCAUCAUCAUCCUCAUCAUCAACUUCUUCAGCUGCAGUAUCACAGCAUACCGAAGAGCCAUGGAUUUUACCAGAAGUGGAAAAACUACUACUUUUAGUUUCUAAAAUCUUUUUGCUCAAUUUUCCCUUGUACAUAGCAUAUAAACAUGGUACCCAUGCCCGUUUGGAUGACAUAUCCGCAGAAGAAGCUCAGCAUUUGGCAAUUUUCUGCGAUCUGCAUGAUAAUGAUAUACCAGUGCAUUUGCUGCGCAACACAAGUUUGUUUUGCAAUUCAAAUGGCUUUGCCGCAAUGAAAUUGUGCUUCGAUCAACCAGAUUUGCCCGUAACAACAGCCCAUGCUAUAACCGCUACCGUCUCGAAUAUUAAACUAUGGCUUCAUUACGGCUGUAUAGUCCAACUAUAUGUUCCAUUGCGAAGUAAAAUUUUACAGUAUAUGUGUAAGUUAUCAGAUCAAAAUCUUAGAACAGCUGCUACAAGGGCCAUGGCCGACUUUGUGUGGUCGGCUGUAAGAGAUCCCUUAGAUGCCUCCGUUAGUUUCGAUGUGGAGGGUUUGGCAUUGGCUUUUAAGUAUUUUACAUCGACCACGUUGACAAUGCGUUUGGCUGGUAUAACUCAAAUUAAUGCCCACAUUAACAUAUUCGGAGAAAUUGAAACCGUUGGGGAAUUCGAAGUUGUGGCCCAAAAAAUUGGCAAUUGGUUGACUGAAAAUCAAAUAAUUCAACAUCUAUUUGGCCCGAAUCUGCAUGUGGAGGUAUUGAAACAGGCUCACAUAGUUUUGAACUUCCUCGCUGUGGAGAACCAAAUUACUGAAGAACACAUUAGGUUGAUAUGGCAAGCAACGCAACAGCUUAAGCAUUGCUCGAAGGCCAUCUUUGACAUAUUACCUUCAUUGGUAAAGAAUUUAGCACCUAAGCCGGCCAUGUAUUUGUAUACGCUUCUGUGUCGAAUGGACCCGAAGGAGCACACGGAACAGAGCAUUUACAUAGCAUCGGCUUUGACGAAACUCAUUUGGUCCAGGGACAGUGCCCAACUGAGUUUGGAAGAGGAAUUGAUGGCUGCCAAUGCUACGGCAACAAGUUCGGAUAGCGGUAGUAUGGACGGCAGUAACUCCGAUGAAGGCAAUGGUGACGACAGCAGUUUGGCCAGUGCUCGCAAAAGUCCCAUAGAUAUUGAGAAUGUAUGCUCCUCGGAUACGGGUGUAACACCCUGUAAACAGGCUAGACGUAGGCGUCAUAUUUGUGAUCCAACAGAGGAGAAAGGAAAGCAAAUUUCCGAAGAGGACAUAAAAAUGAUAAGUUCCAAAGUAGAUAUGAAAAUGAAAAACCAUAGAAUUGUUAAUAUCAUUGACAACUCUAGCAGUGAAGAUGAUUUGCCUCAGGGCUCUUUAAAUAUAACACUACAUCGAAAAAAAUCUCGCAAACGUCGUAAAAAUAAUAGCAACAUGCCUUUAACACGUUUAGCUUAUGAAAUAGUGGAAGCCAUCUGUGAUGGUGGUGAAGAUGAAGCAUCCAGUGACGAUGGCGAUGAUGGGGAUGAUGGUGAAGCCGAGCUCCUUAAUGACAGCGACGACUGCAGUGAUCCAGGUCAAGUACCCACUGCCGUUCUAAAACAUUUACAUGGAGAAGGCCCCUAUAUAAGAGCUAUAGCAGAAACGCAUAUAAGUGAAUUACUGAGUGGGGCUGAGAAUGAAGGAAGUUAUUCAUCGCCCUUAAGCAAUAAAUCGGAGAAAAAUUUAGCUGAUUUCGACGAUGAGGAUGUGUCGCCAUGCGAGGAGGAAAUAGCACAGCUAGUAAGCUCCCAUGCCCAAAGGGUAUCACACAACAAUUGUAUGCCGCCUGCAUUGGCUGCAGCAGCGGCUGCAAUGGCAGCUGCGCACACUGCAAUGUCCAUGCAAAAGAAUGAUGCCAAUGUUGCAGCGGCAGCUACGUUGGCUGCUGUAGCCGCUGUGGCUACCGGCAACGCUCAACAAUCCCUAUUGGCCAUGCAGCAACAGGCAAAUGCUGCUAAAGCAGCCUCAGCUGGUGCGCUAACUUCUUCGGCGGGUAAUAAACACAACAACGAUACGGAUAUGGAUGUCAGCAGUGGAAGUGUGGGUAAAGAAUGUAAUAAAACAUCGAUUUCACCACAGCAACCAACUUUUAAAAUAAACGAUGUCUGCCAGCCGGGAAAUACACUGUUGUGGGAUUUGCUGCAGGAUGAUAAAAUUGGACAACUUGGCGAAUCUUUGGCAUUGGAGGCCGAAAAGGCCUUAGCAACUCUUCUAUGUUUUAGCAAUGAUCGCCAUUUGCGUACAAAAUUCAUCGAAGGCUGUCUACAAAACUUGGCUAACAACAAGAGUGUCAUAGUCUCGUUGCGUCUAUUGCCAAAACUGUUUGCUUCAUUCCAACAGUUUCGUCCAUCCGAUACCCAUCAGGUUACCAUGUGGGCUGAGCGUCAACAUCGCAUGAUGUAUCAUUUCUUUAACAACAUCAAAUACUAUGCCAAGCGACAUAUGGAAAUUUUGGUAGCCAAAGCCUCGGGAGAGCAAUUGUCGGGCACAAAUGAAUUGGCACUGUAUUCUCAUAAAACACAGGUGUCGGUGCGUCUGCAGUUUUUGUCCUCCAUAUUUUCAUCGAUGGGAUCACCAAAGACUUUUCGUCUAAGUUUGGAACAGGUGGAUGCUUUGUGGGAGUGGUUAGCCCACGACCCUGAUUGCUGUGAUUGCUAUUUCUCUUGGCUACAAAGCCAGGCAAAAGGAGGCGAUCAACAUGCUCUGGGUUUGGAUGCAUUGCAGCAUUUAUAUUUGAAAAAGUUGCCCGAACUAAGACCCGAAGACUUUUCUAUGGUUGCUUUGGGGCUUUUUCAACAAUUGUGUAGCUUGGCCCGCAUGGCCAUAGCUCACUAUGAAAAACAAAUGGACGCAAUUUCAACAAAUUCUUCCAACAUUGUGGGCAUGUUUCAUUUGUGGAAAAUAGCCCUAAGGGCUCACACAUCGGAGGUAUCAUUGGCCGCAAUACAAUACAUAAACAUGUAUUAUAUGGGGCAGCAACUGAGAUUGGAAAAAGAGUUUGUUUCGCAAUGCAUGGAACAUCUGGUGCAGGCAGCCAAUGCCUUGGAAUGCAACAACGAAGACGAGAAUGCUUUAAUGUGUGUUCAGCGUGGUUUAAUGCUGCUUAAUACACACUUGGAUACCUUCCGCAGACGUUAUGCUUUUCACUUAAGGCGUUGGGCUAUUGAAGGUCAAGGCAUCGGCUCGCAUAGUAAUUUGAAGAAUGAAGGAUCAGGACCGGCCAUACGAAUAAUAUUACAACCGGCUGGCCUAUCGGAGAAAUCUAUUUUACAUAUGCAUGCAUGUGACUUAAUAGCAGAUCUAAAGGCUGAAAUUUCCAAAUGGUGGGAAAAUCUGCAAGGCACUUCUAGUUCCGGGGUGUCUGCCCCAGUCUUGGGACUUCUUUUGAGCGAAGGUCCUUUAAGGAUUAUAACACAAGGCCAGGAGCUUUCAUCGGAAUAUGAUGAGAGAACUUUGGGUGAUGCUGGAUUUAAAGAUAAUCAGAUUGUAUACGUCUCACUUGGAGGCAGAGGUGCUCGACGCAAGGAAACCAAUAUUGAUCAUCCAUCAAUGCAACCGCCACCACCCAAAGAAUGUUUACCGACAGUAUUAUUGUUGCAACCCAAGUAUUUUGAGAAAUUGUUUUGUCUCAUGCAAACUUUGGGUGAUAUGAAGCCACAACCGAAUAACUUGCAAUUGCACACCAAAGCCCAAAUCUUAUCGAGGCGAGUGUGGGAUAUUUUGGCAAUCUUACCCACAAAUCCCACAAUAUUGGAUGCUUUCAAAAGUCUGGCCAACGAUUUGACAAUGUGUGACCAAUACGAUAGUGGACGAGAGGAGGAGAAAACGAAUAAACUAAAAGAGAUCAAACAGAAACUGUGCGAGCUCUUGGAUCCCAGUAAUCUGCAGAAAUUUAUGUAUUCGCUGCACAUUGUGGAAAGUUUGGCAUUGCACAGCGUAUUUCAACAAAGAGGUGGAGCGCCAUGUUGUGGCGGCGUUAAUGGCAAUAUUAUCACUGUGGAUCAUUCGAACCGAGGAACAGUGACCAAAGCCAAAAAGUCGGGAAAUAAUUGUGCAGGUUCUUGCUCGGGUUCCAGUAAUGGAGGUUGUGCUGGACAGAGCUCAGGUUCUCGCAGACGCAACAGUACUGAGAGUUCCCAGAACAAUAAAGAUGAUGAUUCGCGAAAACUUUUGAGUGCUGAUGAGAAGGAAAAGGUACCUUCCGAUUUAGGAAAUCAAAAGGAAUUGAAUUCGUCCAUAGCUUCUAUGGAUACUCCCGACAGCGAUCAUCACUCAAUAAAUUCUAUGACAAAUGAUAAGGAAAAUAGUCCUGUAAAACAGACCACAAAGAGACUCAAGAAGUCGGAGUGCACUUCUUCGUCGUCAGCUGAUGAUGCUCCAAGCAACAAGUCCAUCAUAACAGAUAAUAAGUGGAGCGAAACUUUUAUACGUAGUGGUGGUUUGAAGCAUCUUUACGACAUAUUCAUAUCGGGUCAGUUGCAGCAAAGCUCCUAUCCCAAAGAGCUGCUCAAUGAAUGGCGUCACGAUUGCCUGGCCAGUCUUUUGCGAAUUUUGUGGUUACUUGGUUUCGAAGAAGAUUUCCACGAAGACAUGUUGGUUUCAAUAUCCAAACCCAAGGAAUUUAUGCUGGAAAUGAUGACGGUGGAUGCAUGUUUGAGACGAUUAUCAUCCAUACUGAACGAUGAGGCCUACAGCAAUUAUUUGGCCAAUACUUCAAGCUAUCAGUAUCAUCACCUAAGAACUGGUUUUUGGGGUCGGGCGCAGGUUGUUCAAUUCGCCAUGAAUAUAAUGGUGAGUUUUGUACAUGCUUCGGCGGAUGCCAGAAGUUCUUUAUGGGCUCAUGCUGAGUAUUGCAAUUGGGUGCAAAAGUUCAUAUUGGAAGAUCCCGAGCCAGCAGUACGCCGUGAAAUAUGUGCUGGAUUGUACCGCAUCUGUUUAGGAAACUCUCAGAGCUAUCAACUGCUACUUGCCCCAUUACUGAGAAAAUUAAUAUCCUUCCUGCCUGUGGCAGAAAAGAUGACAUCGUACAACCAUCACAACCCUUAUAUGUUGAGUGAUGAUGGUAAGGAACCUUAUGGACCAGCCUGUCGUGAUUAUUUCUGGCUAUUAGCUCGAUUAGUAGACACAUUGUCACCGGAAAUGGUAAAAUCCUCCUUGGAGUCUUCUUCCUUCAAUGAGGAUGCUAUUGACAUUGAAAAGUUGUGCCAAUCUGUGGCCCAAAGCAUAUUGACUCGAGAAUUCUACGAAACACGUUAUGGUAUGCAGGACGACGGUUUGGUGGGCCUCAUAAAUCUCAUGUCGAAUUUAGUAAAAUACGACCCCACUUUCAAAUUUAGUCCAAAGGCCAUACAAUUCAUAGAGCAAAUAUUUGAGUUCUUGUUUGACAUGCCUUCGCCGAAUAAUCGCCAAAAACCCAAGUGUAAAUCGGCCACCUCUAGAGCAGCGGCAUAUGAUCUAUUGGUGGAGUUGUGUAAAAAUUGUCCCAAGAACUAUACAUUUUUGCAUCAGAAGCUACUGGCACAACAUACACCAGGUCCCAAGCCACCAUAUCCCUGGGACUAUUGGCCCAGAGACGAGGGCCGUUCUGAGUGUGGCUACGUGGGAUUAACAAAUUUGGGGGCUACUUGUUACAUGGCUUCCUGCAUACAGCAUUUGUAUAUGAUGCCACAAGCGAGGGCAGCGGUACUGCGUGUACCACCCGGAAAAGCACAAAAGCAUGCUCCAACUUUACUUGAACUCCAACGAAUGUUUGCCUACCUAUUGGAAUCCGAACGCAAAGCUUACAAUCCCCGUUCAUUUUGCAGAGUAUAUCAAAUGGAUCAUCAGCCUCUAAACACUGGCGAACAAAAAGACAUGGCCGAGUUCUUUAUAGAUCUUGUAUCGAAAUUGGAAGAGAUGACUCCCGAUCUAAAGGAUUUAGUCAAGCGUCUAUUUUGUGGUACACUUAGCAACAAUGUUGUGUCGUUGGAUUGUGAUCAUGUCUCACGAACAGCCGAGGAAUUUUACACAGUACGUUGUCAGGUAGCAGAUAUGCGUAAUCUGCAAGAGUCCUUAGAUGAGGUUACGGUCAAAGACACCUUAGAGGGAGACAACAUGUACACCUGCUCGCAGUGUGGCAAAAAAGUGAGAGCUGAAAAGCGAGCCUGCUUCAAAAAGUUGCCACAGAUUUUGUGUUUCAACACUAUGCGGUAUACGUUCAACAUGGUCACCAUGCUAAAGGAGAAGGUGAAUACCCACUUUUCGUUUCCCAUGCGUUUAAAUAUGUCUGAUUAUGUGGAGAAAUCAUUGAUGCCGCAUCAGUAUAAGGAGGAACGCGAAAAACGCAAAGCUGAGGGCGAAGGCAGUGAAUUGGAAGAUGAUUUAGAGGAAUGCUUAGAAUAUGAACUUGUUGGUGUUACUGUUCACACUGGCACAGCUGAUGGAGGCCACUAUUACAGUUUUAUUAAGGAACGUAACAAGUCUGCCAUGCAACACGAUCGCUGGUUCCUUUUCAACGAUGCAGAGGUGAAACCAUUCGAUCCAUCACAAAUAGCAGCCGAAUGUUUUGGCGGAGAAAUGACGAGUAAAACCUACGAUUCGGUCACAGAAAAAUAUUUAGAUUUUAGUUUUGAGAAAACCAAUUCAGCAUACAUGUUGUUCUAUGAACGACGUUUGCCUGAACAUUUAAAGGAGAAGCAUGCCCAUCUCUUAGCCUCUCCCACUUUGGCAAAAUCUCCCAUAAAAACAACGAAUGAAUCUGCUACAGAGAAGCCUAAAGAUGUGGCGUCCUCAGACAAACCAGAAGACAAAGAUGGGCCCACCAAAAUGGAGGUUGUGACAGAAGACUUAGACAAAAACAAUUGUGAUAGUAGUAGUAAAGCCGAGGAGAAAGAAAAAGAAUUUGAAACAGAAGUUCCAUCCACCUCUAUGGGGUCAGCAUCUACAUCUGCGACUUCAUCGGCAGCGCAUAAAAUGGCAGAACACUUUACUAGGCCUCAAUUGAGCAAAGAAUUGGAAGAUUGGAUAUGGCAAGAUAAUCGACAAUUUCUUCAGGAUCGUAACAUUUUUGAGCACACCUAUUUCAAUUUUAUGUGGCAAAUUUGCGGUCAUAUACCGCAGACGCUAAUAGCUCAGCAAGAUGUUACCUGUAUGGCUGCCAAAUUAUCGGUUUCAUUUUUCAUUGAAACAUUUAUACACGCCAAAGAAAAGCCCACUAUGGUGCCAUGGGUGGAGCUGUUGACCAAACAAUUUAAUGCCAGUCAAGAAGCUUGCGAAUGGUUUUUGACCCAUAUGUCUAUGGAACCGUGGUGGCCCGUUCAAGUUUUAAUACAAUGUCCCAAUCAAAUGGUUCGGCAAAUGUUCCAACGUUUAGUAAUACAUGUCAUUCAAAGACUUCGUGCAUCGCAAUCACAUUUAUAUUUGAAAACGGAAUCUGAUAUCGAUGACAAGGAGGUUAUCGGAACGGCCUCGUGUGUUACCCGUUUCAUAAGUUCAUUGACCAUUCUGAUGGAGCAUGGUGCUAAAGCCCACCUACGCAAUUUAUCGGAGUUCUUUGGCCUGCUCUUCGAGUUUUCUCGCAUGGGCGAUGAAGAGACAUUAUUCUUGUUGCGCAUAGGUGUCAUAAAGAGUGUGGCCGAUUUUUAUUUGGGCAAUAAGAAUCACGAUAAUCUUGAGGUUGGUUCGGAUAACGAUGAUAACUCUUCGGAUGAGGCUUUAUCUGUGGACAAGACAAGACCGGCUUCCUUGGAUAAAAUGAUAGCUUUGGUUGCCAGUUUGGUAGAAAGAUCCAGAGGGCAAGAUUUACGUCUAAAACUAUCACCCAAGGACUAUAAUGCCAUAGCAGGGGGAAAAGGUUUUCCAUUUUUGUAUCAGCAAAUCAAGGAUAACAUAAAUCCUCAUCAAACCCGUCAUUUGAUACAUGCCCUCUGUCGUUGGGAUGAACGUUUGGCCAAUCAAAUUAUAACCAUGUUAUUUACGUCGGUUACCAAACAUACCGAGUUGUGUGGUCCCUUCUUCAAGCUACUCACAUUGCUGACCGAAACACAGGGUGGUCCUUCGGGCCUACCCUGUUUUUCACAAUUGGUCUUGCAACGGGUCUGGGAUGCUGCUGAGUACUGUCCACAAUCUGCUUUGGAUUGGCUGGCAUUCCAGGCACCGAAAAAUAAGAUUGCUCAUGCCUGGAUUUUGCAAUCGGCUGACACAUGGGUGGAACAAUAUCUGUUGGCCCAUCAUAAUUCCAGAGUUCGUAAUGCUGCCGCUUAUUUAUUGGUCUCGUUGGUUCCUUCACAACCAUUCAGAGCAAAUUUCCGUAUACAUUCGUUGCACAAACUUUCAUCGUCUUCAUCAACUCAUAUUUAUCGCGAACUAAGUAACGAUGCUCAAAUAAUACUUCACAAUAUAAUAAAUCUCUUAUUGCGUUUAUUGCGACCGGCUAGAGCAUAUGCCGAUAUUGGUGUUCAUGGUACUACAAAAUUAACUUCUUACUUUAGCCUCUUGGGCUAUUGUAUGGCUUCGAAGACUGAAAAGGCUAUGAUGGGUCCUUAUAUGCGUGCUUUGUGGGAUCUGUUCCAUCCGCGUUUAUCCGAGCCCAGUGUGCCAGCCCAUCACAACAAACAUGCUUUGCUAGCAUUUUGGCAUCAUACCAUUGUCGAUUGUCCAGAGAAUGCUUUGAUUGUGGCUAAUUGCGCAGAAAUCACUAGGAAUAUAGCAUUUAAUUAUAUUUUAGCUGAUCAUGAUGAUUCGGAAAUUGUGGCUUAUAAUCGUGCCAUGUUACCCGCCUACUAUGGCCUAUUGCGUUUAUGUUGUGAACAGAGUCGUAGUUUGACCCGCCAACUUGCAGCCCAUCAGAAUUUACAAUGGGCAUUCAAGAAUAUAACACCUCAUCCUACACAAUAUGCAGCGGCUGUUGAUGAAUUAUUCAAAUUAAUGACUUUAUUUGCCACUCGUCACAUGGAUGCCAGUGAACAGGAAAAACACGAAGUCACCACAUUCCGUCGAACAACAUUGUCAGCCUACUUAACAGGCUUGGAUGCCAGAGUUUCUUGGGGUACUCUGAUAAAUGCUUUUCGAAUUUUGGUGGACAAUGAGGAAGAUCGUCUCUUGGUCAUAUAUAAUGGUGGCUUGGAGAUGUGCUUUGAAGCUUUGCAUACCUUACAUUCCAUGCAUCAUGAGGCCACUGCCUGCCAUGUAUCGGGUGAUUUACAAGAAUUACUUAGCGAAAUGGUUUUACUUUUAAGUACUUUGCGUUUAAGCACACGUCUCGAUAGUACGGCCACCAAAAAGCAACAACAACAAUUGGAACAACAGGUACAACAAUUGCAAAAGCAGCAAGAGCAGCUGAAGCAACAGCAACAACAACAACAGCAGCAGCAGCAGCAACAAUCGCAACAGUCACCCCAGCAGACACAACAACAGCAGAAGGAAAAACAAUUGCAACAGCAAAUGCAACAAUUACAGUUACAACAAAUGCAACAAUUGCAGCAACAACAUUUCCUGCGACAACAUCAACAACAUACCGCCCUGCUCAAGGGUCUGCCCGAUGCCGUCAAAAGAUUGGCAACAUUCUUAAAUACCUAUAACCCACCAGAAUUGUGUCGCCUCUCACUGGACGUAUUGAAAGAGCUUGUGCGCAAUCCCAAUUUGGAUAUUACCAGUAUUUUGGCACCCAUACUCAUUAACUGUCACUUGUCGGCAGCUAGUGCUCCCAAUGCCAUUGGUCCCUUGGGACCAUAUUUCCCCAGGCGAGGUGGCAAAACCACAUGGCCGGCCAUAACAAAGAAUAUGCCCAGACCACCAAGACCCAUGGUGCAAAUGUGUAUACCGCACAAUGAAUUGUUGCAUCGUGGUGUUGACUUUGAAUAUGAUGCUCAAGUUGAAGCGUUCUAUAGGCCCUACCAUGAUUUCUUGGAUGUAAUGAUGCGCAUGGCUGUAAAUACAAAUCAAUUGAAUGAUACGCUUGUAAGGUUAAGCUGUUUGGUGGCCAUAGAGGCGGCACCGUUGGGCUUCAAUCUAUUCCCCAAAUUCUGGGUGGGCAUUUACAACAAUAAAAGUACCAAUAAAUAUGCGGAACUUUUGCUUAAUUGCCAAUAUUUAAUUGAAUAUAUUCACACAAUAUUGCGUGAUUGUAGAGUCUCCUUAAGUGAUCAAUAUAUAAGAGGAUUUUUGGAAAUUUACUAUCCCAAGGUUUCUUCCCAGUUGCCCAUUGCUCGGUUACUCUACUCCAUAAGUUAUUCAAUGCAUUCAAAAGAAGAUUUGGAUGAUUUAUGUGGUGAUCUCUUUGCCAUUCGAGUAUUUGCACAAUGUACUGGCAUACCCACCUCAGUGCGCAAACAAUUGAGAGGUUCUCUCAAGGCUUUGUUGUACAAAAGUGCUCGCUAUCAGGAGAUAGCAGAAGAUGAACUUUUCCCUAAUAAGAAACUUAAAUUAGAUAAUGAGGAGAGUGGGGAGUGUUCUAAUGUGGCCACUAUCUCAAAAACUGCAUCUAAAGAUGAAGAUCAAAAAGAUGAAUCUAUGGAAAGUGAGAAACGAGGUGCAACUAAUAUUGUGGAAAAAGAGAAAUCAGCUGCCAUCAUUGCCGGGCAAGUAGAUGAAGCAAAAAUGGAUGAAGAAAUCUCCAUAAGGGAUGAUAAAGAGGUAAAAGAAAAUGAGUUGUCGGAAAAAGCUGGCAAUGCAGUAAACAAAUCAUCGAAAGAUGCUAUGGAAGAUAUAAAAAAUAAGGACAAAAGUGAUGACCAAAUCCAAAGUAGUAAGGAGGCUAUUAAAUCACCAAGUAAAGAAAGUAAAUCGGAAGCACCAUCCACUUCAGCAGCAGCAGCAGCGGCGGCGGCGGCGGCAGCAGCAGCAACUUCCUGUUGUCUACAAUCAGAGAAAAAUGCCAAUAAGAAAUCUGCUGACGAUCGCAUGAUGGAUGAACAUGAGAAACGCAUUAAACUUCUGUUGACCAUGGAGACCUACAUCAAAAGUAUAUUAAUUCUGAUGCAAAAAGAAGAAAGUAAUUCUCCCACAACGACUUCAAAUCAGGCAGCCUUUGAUGAGACCAUGGAAAGUGAGCAAAACACCACGCCUGUACCAGAAAGCAGUGAUGAGGGCGGUGGCGGUGGGGGGAAUAAUUCGCAAGGCAGUGCCUUCAACUGCAAUUCAUCGUCUACCACCCCAAAUACCAGCGCAACAAAUAAUAACAACAACAGCAGCAGUAACAACAUCACAAUGACGCCACCGGAUAAACAGCAGCAACUGAGUAAAGAAACAACAUCAAAUAAUGAUGACGAAAAUGAUGAUGACGAUGAUGUUGAGGCCCCCAUAAUAUCCUGCAAAGGCGAAAAAUCGGCUACCAGCGAUGAUAUUCUUAAGUCACAGGCAGCUUCACUUGCGGCAGCCACAACAACAACAGCGACAACGACAACUACCACAGCUUCUGCAGCUGCAGCAGCGACCCAUACCCCUAAAGCUUCUAGUGAUGAUAUUAUUAAUACAAAUUCAACAAACAUGGCCUCAACGUCCACGGCUACAAAUUCGCCGCAAAUUUAGUUAUCGUUUAAUGAUUUGUUAAAUAUUUUGUUUUUUGGCAAAAUGCUAGAUUAGCAGUGCUAAGCACUUUUAAUUACACUAUACCACCCAUACCACUACUUUUCGUCUGUUUUCUUUCUUAAAUUAUUUCAACCCUAAAAAAACAUUUUCCUACUACACGCUGGCACCAUGCUAUUCAUUGCUAGAGCUGUGCCCAACAAACCUAUUAAUCGUAGUAUAUUUUGUUUAUUUUUCAUCAUUUAUUUUUUACUUUUUUUUCUCUUUAAUUUAAAUUAAGCUUUAAGCAAAUUUUUUUACACACUAUAUAUAGAUAUGAUUUUAAUCCUAAGAUUGUUAUUGAUUAACUUAACGAUUGUGUUGCUAUUCCUAUUUUAGUUGUCUUAACAUUUCUUUUACUACAAAUUUUUGAUUUCCUUUUAAUUUUUAUACAUUCAAACAUGUCGAUGGGCAAAUGUUGUAGAAGAAACAUAUGACCAUAGAAUAAGAACAACGAUAGAUAACAGGGAAAAGUCAAGUUUAGUUAUCAUGCCUUGGUGUUGUAGAGUAUAUACAUAUGUGUAGGUACACUAAAAACAAAAAAAAUUCACGAAAGUAUUUCAUUAAAGACAUUAAUAGAAAUAGACUCGAAAAUGUAAAAAAUCAUUUCACUCACUUUAUUAUUACUUUAUUUAAAAUAAAGAGGGAAUGAUGAGUUUUGUCAAUACGUUUUAACAAAAAAAUCUGUUUUCAGUUAAAAUUGAUUCCAUUAAAACUUCUUCUUUAGACUACAUUUUUGUAAUUUAGAAACGCGAUUUAAUCAACUGAAAUACCAAUCAAUCGGAUAUACGAUUACUAAAGCCAUUAACAUUUCUGGGUUUUAAGCCAAAAUAUAACUCUACUGUAAGUAGGACGACAUAAUAAGAGGUCCAAAGAUGGGAAUUGUAUAAGUCUUCCCAUUUCGUUUGUGAAAUACCUUAAAUAAUCUUUCCCCGACCCUACAAAUCUAUUCUCAGCCAAACGAGACAUUUUUGCCUUUUCGGUUCGUUAGAGCCAGUUUCUAGCCAGUCUUCCCAUUUCGUUUGUGAAAUACCUUAAAUAAUCUUUCCCCGACCCUACAAAUCUAUUCUCAGUCAAACGAGCCAUUUCUGCCUUUUCGGUUCGUUAGAGCCAGCUUCUGGCCUAUAAAAUGCUUUAUGGGCACAUAGAAGAAGCUUCUGUGGGUAUGUCUGCGUGAUUGAAUUAAAAUUCUUCACGCGUGAAUCACGGCUCACAACGCUAAUCACGACUCACGAGAAAGUCAAGAGCCACCCAAAUCUAAUCACGUGAUUGUGCGUGAGCGUGAAUCACGUCUCAUGAGAAAAUCACAAGCCGCGAGAUAUCACAACAAGUUUUUAUUGCUUCGCAAUCGAAAUUUUGCAGGAAUCAAAUGUUUUUGUUUCCAUACCAAAAUUCGUUUUUUAUCUGCACUAGCAAAUUUUGCCCAAGAACAUUCCACUAAGGAACAGGGGCAAACUUCUCACAAAUCAAUGAGUGCAGUCCGACUCAAUUUUAAGCUCAACGAUAAGGGGCCUUCUUUUUAUAGCCGAGUCCCGCAGUGCGACACUUCUUUGGAGAGAAGUUUUACAUGGCAUAGUACCUCACAAAUGUUGCCAGCAUAAGGGGGGAAAAUCUGCACUUAUUGUUUUCUAUAUUAAACUUAUUUUUCGGAAAUAAAUAAAAAAAACUAACCAUUUAAACCAAAAAAACAAAAAAAUAUGCUGACAAGGGUUGCUAAUUUUCUUCACUACAAGAGAGUACUACUUCUACGCUUAUUUUUCAACCAGUUUCGCCAAUGUCUGCAAAAAAAUAUUUUUCGUUUCAUGGAAAAAUAUUUUAUCAACCGUGAUUCGCAAGUUUUCCGCAAGUUGUGCUUGAGUAAAAUUGCUGUCUCGUGAGCGUGCGUGAACGUGAGUCCAUAUAAAAAAGCCGUGCGUGUAUAAUUUGUUUGUCUCGUGAGCAUGCGUAAAUGAAAAAUUCCUCACGUGCACAUCACUAAUGCCUGCCCGUCCAUUCAUCUCUUCUUCUGUUUGUCUAAUAGGUCGAUUAUAGAUUUCAACUUCACUUUAGAUGCGUUGACAGGAGGUAAAAGCGCAGUUAUAAAUAAGCCGUGCGGCUUAAAAUUACGAAAUUGGGCAAAUAAAUGAAACCGAUUAAAAAACUAGUAUAAAGUUUAAAUUUUUUAUUAGUUCAGUGUUUUGAAGUUCAGCUACUGAGUUAAUGUUGUAUUCAUUGCCUUAUGUAUACAGAGAUGCUUGGAAAUCUAUUCUGAGUUCGGCUAUUAAAACAAAAGAUCCAAAUUCUUCGAAUGGUUUAAGUUCAUGCCAUUUAAACAGAGAUCGCAAAGACUUCCAAGUUUUCAUGUUAUGACAAAUGUACUCUAAAAUUUUUAUCUUCCCUCAUAUUAAUAAUUUCUGCACAUUCAGUUUUUUUCUUUUGUAGGCUUGCCUUUUCCCUCUUGCCAGCCUUUAUUUCAAUUCGUUGUACUGGUAUGCGUUCUCAAGUGCUCUUCUUCAAAUCUCUGUUUCAUAGAUGUGUUCAAACUCUCACCAGUUUCUUUUCGGUUCUAUGAGACAACCCCUUAUACGGUUGUCAAAGGCGAAUAUUAACAGCAGUUUAUUUUUUGCGGUAUUUGCCUUCGAGUAAUGGAAAGUAGGCUCCAUGCUCUUUAUAAAAACAGGAGUGUUGUACAUACUUGGAAGUGCCAUUAAUUUCUAUUCUAAACAUUCGGAAAUUCGACUAUACCCCGUGAAAAAUUUCGAAAUUCGACUAUACCUUCCUAGCCCAACAACAACGAAAUUAACUAUACAACCCUAUGGGGAUGGUGGGGCAAUUUUCCACUAGGCUGUCAAAUUUCUGUACACUAUCAAAUUGACAUUCUAGUCUCAAUUGCAUUACCAUAUGUAGCAGCAACAAAAUUAAAAGAUGCAACUCUGAAAUUGAAAAAUGUCAUAAGCUGGGCUAGUGACCUUAUAUAAAUUUGUUUAGGAUGGCUCUUUUGUUUGGGCAAGCUAGCUUAAAGUGCUAUCAGUGAACAUCUAUUUAUCAUAUGACGUUUCAAAUAUAGCAACCCUGAAAGUUACAUAUGAAACAAAAUAUACCAGGCGAUUUUACUUUUCAUUCUAAUUAGUGUCCCCGUACGGCAGAAAACUUGCCAUUUGGUGAUAUAUAUAUAGGGACUAAAAAUAUCUAAAAUUCGGUUAUGAGCGUCUAUAAAAAAAGUAAAUCAUAAAUUUGUCUGCCUCUUGUUGUUUUUGUUCUUGCUUUUAGGGCGAACAUUAUUUUUAUUUCUCUUUCUAUUUUAUUACUUUUUCAAUUUAGGAUAAGUAUUAGACAAUUUUUUUGCAAUAAUUCUACCCAAUUGGGAUUUAAACAGCCAACCUUACACUUUCGAGGCGUAUGCUGUAGAUGAUGACAAACUAAUUAGCAUAAUCAGGUGUAUUCCGGAUGUCACUUUUCACUUUCCCCCUAAAAUCAAUGGCUUAUCAUCACGUUAAUAAAAUUUCAAAAUCCGGUGUGACCUUAGUUUCGCUAAAAAUAGUUGUACAGAAAUACCUACAAAGUGACUACCAAAUGUUUGCAGGGAUAGCACCUUUAGGUGCUUUUGCUAUGUUCUUUGAAUUUGAUAAAUUAAUUCUCUCUCUGUCUCUCUCUCUCUCUUUAAUGAUCCCGUUAACUUAGCUACCAGCUCUUUAUGAAUUUGACUGUUGGCCUACUUAUGUUAUGUCAGCCGGCAAUUGCGCAUGAAACAAUUCACAAGUUAAGACAUGGCAAUUGUUUCUAGUUGACGUUUAAGAAAAUUUUGUAUAUAAUGCCUGCAAAGAUUUGGGGUGUAAAUUCUCAAAUCCUCGCUUCAUUGUCACUGUUUAGGUACUUUUUUGGCGAUAGUGUCGUCAAGAUGUCUCAAAAGAAGGGUGCAUGACCAUGUUAAAUCGUUAAAGACAUAUAACCGACAGCCUAUACAAAUAGUUGAUGACAUUUUCAUAUAGUUAUCGCGAAAAUCAUGCAUGCUAUUUGAAGCGACAUUUUGAACGAACAUGUCCUUAUGUCUUAUGAAAAUUCAAAUGACAAAUCUGUUACGAUGUCCUUUAGAGAGCGUCCGUUUUUCGAAGAAAAAAUAAAUAAAAUUUCUCCACAAAAAAUUAUGGUGACUGGUUCGUGGACACGGUUAGCGAAUUAGUCAACAGUCAAAUUUUAUAACAGACAAUCCGUAAGACACGUCAGCAGAUUGCGAUAUUAAUGACAAAAUUGAAAUUAUGUAUCUUAAAGAAGUCUUUGAAGACAAUAUCAUGUCUAGUUUCCAGUUUGGAGUGCUGGAAUUUGACUGUUGGUAUAUUUAUGUAGUGUCAGCCGGCAAUUGCUCUUGAAACAAUUCACUAAGUUGAGACAUGGCAAUUGUUUCUAGUUGACGUUUAAGAAACUUUUGUAUUCAAUGCCUGCAAAGAUUUGGGAUGCAAAUUUUCAAUCACUCGCUUCAUUGUCACUGUUUGUAAAAAUUUGGAGAUUCAAUUUUAAGUCAAUUUUAAAAAUAUAUGUAAUUUAACACAGAAAUGGAAAUUUCUAUAACAAACUUUGCCGUUGGUAACUAAACUGAAGUUAGGUUGUAACCCAUUAUCGACCCAUAAAAUUUUAAAUUUCGCAAUACAAAAAUUCUGCUUACUGGUUCGGGAAUUCGCCGACAAUCAAAUUUUAUAACAGACAAUCCGUAAGAUACGUCAGCCAUUUUCGCGAUAUCGGUGACAAAAUUGAAAUACUCUUAAAUAAGUCCUUAAAUACAAUGUCAUAAUAGACGUUUGGACUGCUGGGACAUUACUAUCGCAAUUUUAUCGUUCAUGCUUUGCUUAUUAGUUUCUCAUCAUCUACUGUUGUAGGUUGUUGCUGCUUGCGACACUAACUCAAAAAUUCCCACCCAUAAGAGAACGUAAUGUAUGUAUCAUUAACCUUCUGCAAUCAAGUAAGGCGUGUAGCACAUACGUGCCGCAAUCGUAAGGUUGGCUGUUCAAACGCCAGUCGGGCAGAAUCAUUGCAAAAAAAUCUCCGAUCACUAGGCUCAUUUCGAAGGUGAAAUAAACAAGAAAUAGAAAAAUAAAAAUUAUUAAUAGUUAAAUAAAGAAAAAUAGUAAUAAAAAAAAACUUGAAAACAUAAAGAAAAUACGAACAUAACGAAUUUUCACCUUUUUUAGUCUCUCGUGGGGAUAUAUCGCCGGAUGGUAGUACUGGGACACUAGACUAAAAUUUGAUAGCGCCUGCGAUUCUUAUGUGCCUAUUUUGUUACCCGUGCAAUAGAAAAUGUUUGCAGGGUUGUUUAUUCUCUUUCUAGUCAAAACCAAAAAAAGAAAUACACACAUAUUUGAGUUUUAUUGCAAUCACGAAAUUAAUUGAAACAAUCGAUUUUUUAAUUGAAAUUGCUAAAAUCAGAAAAUCACCCUUAUUCCCGAUGUCGAAGGUGAAAAUCGAAAACUGUAGUAGUCGAAGGCGAAUUUCACAUUUCAUGCUUUGUGUAACUUAUUCGUCUUCGACAGUUUGAUAAAGCUGAGUAUUCUGUUCAGCUUUUCAAGCGGAAUGCUGUCAAACUCCAUAUAAAAAAAAACGUCGGCGAAACCAAGAUAUAUUCAUUUACAGGUAGUGGCAAUACAACAACAAAAUAUUGAGUGCACUAUCCAUCAAAAUCCGUGAUUAGUGCAACCCUGAUUUCGUGUAUGUUACUAAUUCGCGCCAUUUUUUGUUGACAGAUAGUGCACUUCGCGAGAAAAAAUUGUACUCAGCUGUUUACGAUACAUCUGAUCUGAUAGUUAUGUCACGGCGAAACCUUGGCUGAAAAUAGGCGGAAAAGUAGUACUCUGCUUAUAGUGAGGAAAAUGACAAAAAUAAUCAAAGUGGCAACACUUGAAACCAUUACCGGCAUCAUUUUUGUAUGUUCAAUUAAUUUCAAUGGUUCGUUUUUCUUAAAUUUUUGCGAAAAAAAAUUAAUUGAAUGGAGAAAACAAUAAGUGCAGAUAAAAAAGAGUUUUGCUAUGGAAACAAAAACAUUUGAUUGCUGUCAAAUUCCGCUCGCGGAACAAUUAAAAAUUUCAGCGACUAUUUCGAAAGCAGAAUAGAAUACCAACCCUAAUAAAUAAAUAUUGUGGUAAAAAAAAAAAAAAAUAAUCCCCCUUAUUCCGGUUGGCAAUGGCGUAGUCGAAUGUCAAAAUUUUUACAAAAUGGUUGUCGAAGACGAAAAUUCGUUUACAUUUUUGGCAUUACGUAAAUCGAAUUCGAUUGCAAAAUUUGACUAAAACGAUCGAUAUAUAACUUAAUCGCAUUCUAAACUACUUCGCGCCUUUUUGUCGAAAGAGUAUGGAAUUUACUUUUAUAUUAUUUUUUUUUAUUUACCACAAUAUUUUUAUUAUCAGACUGUCGAAUGCAAAUAAGCUACAGAAUACUACGAAAUGUGAAAUUCGCCUUUUACUACGAUUGCUGUGGAUUUUCACCUUCGACAACGGAAAUAAGGGUGUAUUAUUUUUUGUUUUUAUUUAAAUUGAAAGCAAAUUUUGAUUCAUUUAAAAAAAAAGAUGGAAUCAAUUAAUUUUUUUAUUGAACACAUUAUUAUUUUUUUUAUACCCUCCACCAUAGGAUGGGGGUAUACUAAUUUCGUCAUUCUGUUUGUAACACCUAGAAAUAUGCGUCUGAGACCCCAUAAAGCAUAUAUAUUCUUGAUAUUAAGUCGAUCUAGCCAUGUCCGUCCAUCUGUCUGUCGAAAGCACGCUUGCUACCGAAGAAGUAAAGCUAGCCGCUUGAAAUUUUGCACAAAUACUUUUUAUUAGUUAGGUCGGUUGGGCCUCUAGAGGGCCCAAUUCUCAUUCCAUUUGGAAGAAAUUUUUUAAAGCAGCUUCUCUCAUGACCUUCAACAUAUGUGUCUAAUAUGGUCUGAAUCGAUCAAUAGCUUGAUACAGCUCCCAUAUAAAACGAUCUCCCGAUUUUGCUUCUUGUUUUAAUUAAAUUUUAAAUUGUUUUGUGACAUUUUUUUCUGUGAAACCUGCACUAAGUGUGGUUCAAAUGGUCGCCUGUGAAGAAAGUACACAAAGAAGCUCUCUUAGAUGAGACGCUUUAUUUGAGUCGCCCGUGUGUGAACAAGAUCCAAUUCUUCACCAAUAUCGGUUCUUUUUCAUUUUCUAUUUGCCCCUCGAUAAGUUUGUUUUUUAACGGCCGUAUUCACAAAACUUAUUGAGGCCUUUAAAUAGGUUUAUUUGACAGUUCUACAAAGGAAAUCUGACAAAAAAAAAACUUAUUUCAAAACUACAUUAAGUUUUGUGAAUACCGGCAUUAUUCUUAUUAUUUGUUAAACUUUCUUUAAGCUUUGCUGUAUAUUUAUAUGAUUUCCUAUUUACUUUUAAUUUUCUCCUAUGUAAGUUAAAGAAUUUCUGGCCUAAGGUCAUGAUUAUUAAGAGAACAAAAGAAAAAAGUAAUCAAGAAGAAAAAACAAAUAAUGAUGUUGAGUAUAGAAUAUAACAAUAAUAAUAAAAACAAAAGUUUAGAAUUGUACGUGAGGUGAAAACUUGAUACAAAUUCAAAAUUUUGCAACAACAAGAAUGUGUAAAAAUAAUUGUGUUUUCUUUUUCUAUACCAUAAUGGCAUAUAUAAUUAUCUAUAUAUAUAUAUAAAAAUUUAUAUGGAAAUAACAAAAUGAUCAAAGAACAGCCCAAGGUUGUCCUUUCAAAAAAAAAAAACAAAAACACACACAUAAAAAAUAUUUGAAAAAAAUAUUUUAACUUAAAAAAAAACAAAGUUGUUUAUUAAAACAUUUAUUAAAAUAAUUCAAAUAUUAUUUAUAAAAAUAAGAUUUUAUAUAAUAUAAUACAACAAAAAAACAACAACAUAUAUUUUUAAUCAUAAGAAAGGAUAUUAACAUAAACUAAAUAAAAUAAUAAAAAAAGGAAAAUAUUUUAAAUUGACAAAAGAAAAUAGGCUAACCAAAACAAAAACCACACAAAAAAUAUUUACUUAAAUUAACAUACAACAUAUAUAUACAGAAAAUAAAUGUAACAAAAAAACCAAUACAUCCAAAACAAAGGAGAAACAUAACAAAAUCACUGCAACUAAUAUAAACCAUAAUCUGUGCUGCACCACACUUUUUUACUCACCAACAAACAUCAUGCAAUAAUCAACAAUUAACUAUAAAAAAAACAAUAAAAUUAUGCCAGCAAUCCCAACCAAGUAAACACACACACACGAAAUAGAAACAAAAAAAUACACGAACACACUCUGUAGUUAAAAAAUAAUAAUUAAAUAAAACAAUAAAAAUAAGAGGAUACAAAAUGACUUUUUAAAUGCUUUUUGUGUGCGUAUGUAUCUCCGAUUAGUGACAACUUAAAGCAGUUUCUUAUUUUUUUCAGUCAUCGAACCUAAUAAAAAAGAAAACAAGACAAAAGAUGCUAUUGUUUUAAACAUUGUUUAUUUUGUUUUUUUUUUACCAUUGAUUGAUUUUGUGAUUUAUAUAUUUUUUUAUAUCAUUAUAUGUUUUUAUAUAAAGCUGCCCUUCGCCGCGCCAAGCACAUACUAACAACUUCAUGAAUGUCUUCUCAACAACCUCUUUUCCUUAUC